AUGAAGACCCCCAUUCAACCCCAUGAUACCAUCUCCCUAGGCUCCCUCACCCGAGUUGGCCUGGGAUAUGCCCACAACGCCAAAAACUGGAUCGUGGAAACCACCGCCUCCGGCGCAUACGUGAGGACAGCCAUGGUGGUACUCGGCACAGCGCUGUUGGCAUGCGGAGCCAGUCCGGAGCUUUUUCAGCAAGGGUUUAGGACGGUGAAGGGGUUGGACUGGAGGCGGGUGGGUGCUGGGAUCUUGAGGGCGGCGGAGUAUAGUCGGUGGUUUUAUACGAUGGUUAUGGCGACGAGGGACUUGCAUGGGUUGCAUGGGGGAUCGAGGCGGAGGUAG